ACAAUCGUUUCCAUGUCACCGGGCAAACGCUCAGGUCCUGGCAAGCAGGGAGUAUGUAGUAAUGAGUGUGCCGAGUGUCGGGAAGCGAGGCGGCAGCCAGGAUCGGCACGGGAGGAGCCAUGCGGCGCCGGGGCCUAGUGGCUGGACCAAACUUUGAAUCUUUCCAACGUCGUUUUUUCACGCCGGCGGAGGUAGCCGAACAUAACCAGUGCGAAGACCUUUGGGUAUCUUACCUGGGUUAUGUGUACAACCUAACGCCGCUGGCAGAGCUGUACAAGGGGAACCUGCUGCUGAAGCCCAUCGUGGAAGUUGCAGGCCAGGACAUCAGCCACUGGUUUGAUCCAAAGACCAAAGACAUCCGAAAGCACAUAGAUCCGAUGACGGGUUGCCUGAAGUACCGCACCCCACGGGGCCGCUUCGUGCACGUCCCGCCGCAGCUGCCCCGUUCCGACUGGGCCAAUGAUUUCGGGAAACCCUGGUGGAAGAGGAUUGAUUACCGGGUGGGACAGCUGUCCCCUAAGACCCGAAACAUCCGCAUCAUUAACACGCUCACGUCGCAGGAGCACACACUGGAGGUGGGGGCUCUGGAGUCAAUGUGGGAAAUACUACACCGCUAUCUCCCCUACAAUGCACAUGCUGCCAGCUAUACGUGGAAAUAUGAAGGAAAGCCCCUGAUCAUGGAGCAGACCCUUGAAGAGAAUGGGAUCCAGGAUGAGGAGGAAGAAUUUGAUCUCCUUAAUAUGGAUGGUACACUCCAUACACCUGCAAUACUGCUCUACUUCAAUGACGAUCUCACACAGCUAUAGGAAAGCAGAUGUAUGCUCAUGUAGACUCAAGAUGUAUUUUGAGUUUGCGUUUUUUAUGCCUAGGAGGAAAAGAAGUGGGGGUGGGGGGGCUAUGGUGCCUGGACCUAGACCUCCAUUCUCCUCUGGGAACUGGCCUUUGGUUCCCCAUAUCCUUCUGAAGUGUUAAGGAUUGUACUUUCUAGCUCCUUUAUGAUUCACUCUGUGAAAAUUAGGGAGAACCUAGAAGUGAAGUAGUUCAUAUUUAGGAAUGAUAUGAGAAGACAGCAUCUUGGAUUGGGGCUAUGUAGAGGAGGAGUUAGAAGGAGUUCAGGCAAAAUAUUUUUGAUGGAAAAACAAAGAGAUACACAAGGAUGGGGACUAGAAGAACAUCUCUGGCAAUGUAGGAAAUGGGAUGGCUGUAGGAAUGUAGGAUUUCAAAAGACAGAAGUAGGAAACGAUUGUUAUUUGGCCAUACAAAAUGGUUAUCUUCCUUCUAGUGGAGAAUUUAGCAGCUGAGGUUCAGGGGAAAGAAAGGAAGUGAAUAGUUAUCAGAUAAUUCAGGCUAAAUAUGCUGGGAGUUUUACGUACUCUCUUUAUUACAACUACCCCUUAAGGCCAAUACUACCAACAGUAUUUCUCGGGUCUUUUGAAACCUUGGUUCAGUAGGACAGAGGCACGUCAGUUAGUAAUCAUAGGAGCCAGGAUGAAAAUCCAAGUCCUUCUAAUGUCAAAGGCCAUGUUCAUUUCAGUGUAAACAGACUGGAUCUAAUGUGAGGCAUUUUAGCCUGCCUAACUGCUGUUCUCAAACUAAAUAUUUGGAAUGCAGGUUUGUCAUAGGCUUGUUGCAAGAUGAGAAACGGUAGACUCAUUGUGUAGUCAAUAGUUAUUGUGUUAGAAAAGAGUUAAUUAACAGUGUACUUCAGGGUCAAAGUGGAAGCAAGGAAAGGCUGAGGAGCAGCCAAGCAAUAGCUAUCCAUGUUGCUUCCUUGGUAAUCCCAUAGCAAGAUUUCUCUGCUGACUUUUUUGAGACAGAAUUGAAUAUUUACUGACUCGAAGAAAAACUAGAAUGGGAAAAAGGCCUGUGAUUUAGCAUGUACCUUUUUUUUCCUUUUUGUCUGUCAUGGGGGCUGAACUCUGGGCCCUCAGCUCUUCAGC